CGGGAAACUUGGUAAUCCAAGGUCGCAAACCCAAGCCCAAUUAACCGUGUACAAGAGAUAAACGACGUCGUAUCUUGUCGUCCUGCUGGCGUUAAUGCUUCAAAGUUCCUUUUUUUCUGGGAAAAAUUUCUUCAAGCUGUUAUAGGAUCAACAUUCAACAGGAAAGGAUUGAAAGAUGGAGGAGUUAUUUGUUGCAAUCCUUUCUAUGCUUCUUGUUGUUGCGCUAAUUCCAUUAUAUUUAUGGAAGCAUCGUCAGGAUUCUCGAUCACCUGAUGAACAUCAAGAAGACCCUCAGGUUCGGCAGCGGGAAACUGUGGUGCGCGCCACUGGUGCUCGGCGAAUGCGUCGAAGACCAAUUGCUGGAGCUAGUUCAUCAAGAGCUGCGGAAGCAACCGUAGAAGACACUGUUGAUGAAACUGACAAUGAAGCUGUUGUGGGUGAAGAUUAUGAGGCCAAAGCAUCAACCAAGAAAGAGAAGAAACGGCAAGAGCGGGAAGCUCAAAGACAGGCUGAAGAAGCUGCACGUGAAUCAAGGCAGACUAAACAAGACCGCUAUGCAGAAAUGCGUAGGAGGAAGGAUGAAGAGCAUGAAGCACGGGAGCGCAUGCUGGAAGAAGAAGCCAAGGCUCGAAAGGCCAAAGAGGAGGAAGCAGCUGCAUUAGAGUUCGAGAAAUGGAAAGGGGAGUUUUCAGUUGAUGCUGAAGGAACAACAGAAAAUGAAGUGCAAGAUGGAAAUCAAGAUUUGCUAUCUGAGUUUGUGGAAUACAUAAAGAAACAAAAAUGUGUUCCCUUAGAAGAUCUUGCUGCAGAAUUCAAGUUGAGGACUCAGGAAUGCAUAAAUCGGAUAACCUCCUUGGAAAGUAUGGGGCGACUUUCUGGUGUCAUGGAUGAUAGAGGAAAAUAUAUAUACAUAUCACAGGAAGAGAUGAAAGCUGUCGCUGACUAUAUUAAGCGUCAAGGGAGGGUUAGCAUAUCACAUCUAGCGAGCAAGUCUAACCAGUUCAUAGAUUUGGAGGGAAAAGCACAGUUUAUUGAGGAGAUCAGCAAUAUGGAGGAGAUAACCGCAGCUUGAACCGUACAUUUCAGAUGGAGCAAGUAGAGAUAAUUACAUAUAUCAGUACAUUUCGAGACGUAGAAAAAGAGAGAGAAACAGAGGAUGACUGUAUCACUCUCCAUACAUAGGAAGAGAAUGCAGUGGGUUGGACAUGGGAAGAUUUACAGAAUAGUUUUGAGAUGAUUUGGUUUUCCCUAACAAAUUAUGUUCAUUCUGAUAGUACCUUUUGUAUUCUAAAUGGGGUAGAGAACUAAAUUUGAAAUUUUUGUUCUUAAUCAAGCAACUGUUCUUUGUCA